UGGCUGGAUGUUGUUACAGUGAAGCUCCCUCAUUUUGUGUUUGUUUUAUUUUCUGUUUUCUUUUAUUUGUAACAUUUAAUUGGCGCCUGAUUUUCUUAACAAUAUCUCCGUUGGGGUAGCGCAUGAAUUUUCAGGACUUAUCUUUGCAAGGGAUUUAUUUAAAAAAACAAAUCGUCUUUAUUUCUAAUUAUUACAGAUGUUAGAAAUGAGUGUUCUUAAGAACAAAAGUUUGUUUCUGUUUUGAUAUCGUAGUUCGACGUUUCCUUUUUCCCCCCCUGUUAAUCCGGAAAUCCAAUUGCCCGAGGGCCAGUCUGGAGGGUCUCUGUUUUUGUUUGAAGCCUCUCGGUGUUUGGCAGGAGCUGGUGACAGAUUGUGCCAGCUGAUUGCUGCCAACUUCCCGGCGACUUCUUGGAGCAGAUAGGAUGAUGGAUAUUGUCGUGGUGUAAAAGAAGUCGCGUGCUAAAGUGUCAUUUUUUUGUUUGCGACUGAGGGCCUCGGAGAAUUUUGGAUCCAGAGCACCCGGUUUGGUGCAGGUACAAUGGCAAAACAUGUUGCAAUAAUUAACACAAGUGGAGAACUGAAAGAAUAUACAGACCAGAACCUUUUUCCUAUAAAGGAUAGUAUAUCCAUGGUCGCAGCAUCCGUUUCCAACAUCGUCUCUCAAACCAAGAUCUUACCCAAAACCUUAGGCCUAGCAAACGUGAAUGUUGCACCCCAAAUGAUCAUAAGCACACCACAGCGACUGAGCAACACUGGAAGUGUUCUGAUUGGAAGUCCUUACACCCCCACACCAACUAUGGUUACCCAGAGUCACAUAACAGACCCUUCUGGAUGGGUUGCAGGGAGCAGAAAACGUACUCAUGAAUUUAUUGAAUCUGAUUUUUCAGACAAUAAAAGAAGCAAGAAAGGGGAAAAGAAUGGGAAGGGCCUAAGGCACUUUUCAAUGAAAGUGUGUGAGAAGGUGCAGCGGAAAGGAACGACUUCUUACAAUGAGGUGGCUGAUGAGUUGGUGGCUGAGUUCAGCAAUUCCAAUAACCAUAUGUCGUCAGAUUCUCAGGCAUAUGAUCAGAAGAAUAUACGACGCCGUGUUUAUGAUGCACUAAAUGUGCUGAUGGCUAUGAACAUAAUUUCGAAGGAGAAGAAAGAAAUCCGAUGGAUUGGGCUUCCCACAAAUUCUGCUCAGGAAUUCCAGAAUCUUGAGGUGGAGAAACAGAGACGAAUAGAACGAAUCAAGCAAAAGAGGGCCCAACUAGAAGAAUUGAUUCUGCAGCAAAUAGCAUUCAAAAAUCUGGUACAGAGGAACCGACAAUUGGAACAACAGACACAGAGUCCCCCUGCACCAAACUCUACUAUUCAAUUGCCUUUCAUCAUAGUCAACACCAGCAAAAGGACUGUCAUCGACUGCAGCAUCUCCAGUGAUAAGUUCGAAUAUCUCUUCAACUUUGACAACACCUUUGAGAUUCAUGAUGAUAUUGAAGUUUUGAAACGUAUGGGAAUGUCCUUUGGCUUGGAAUCCGGCAAAUGUACUCCAGAAAACCUAAAAACUGCAAACUCAUUGGUGCCAAAAGUAUUGCAGCCCUAUGUUGCAGAAAUGGCGGAAGGAUCAUCUUGGGCAAACAGUGAAGUGCCUUCAGAUCUAAUGCAGACUGCCUCUGCUUUAUCAACAACUGGAUCUAUUUCACAGUCAAGUAUAAACCCUGGGUUUUCAUUGGAUGUAGAAGUUGCCUUAGCAACAGGACAGUUUCUUGCUCCAGAGAGUCACCACUCAAGCAGUGUUGCAUCGCACCUUGAAUCACGAGGUGAAACACCAUGCUCAUUUAAUGAUGAUGACGAAGACGAUGAUGACGACGAAGACGACUGCUCUUCACUUGUUGAAGGAGAGUAAGGAGAGUGCUGACAUACUUCUCAAGCUGCUCGUGUGUGUUCGUAAUGAAGCUGUACUGUACUGUGUUUCACCAUCCGCUCUUGUCAACUUUGUGACUGACCCUCGCAGACUGUAAGCUGAGGGAGAGAACAAUAAACACCAAUUCUGUGUGAAUGUACGGAAUCCUGUGAUGCAGCCUCUGGUUUGUUGCUACACGUUAUCACAUCCAGUUUAAAAAAUGAUCCAAAGCUGAUUGGCUGGCACAGUUUUAAUAGCUGCUACCUUAUUUUGUUCUGGUUUGUUUUAACUUUCAAUCUUGCCCUUCACCGCUUCUACCUUUUAGGAAAGCUGUGAAGUAAGCAACCUGGUUAUUUCAGUGUUGGUGUUAUAAAUGUAUCUUGUGCUUGUGUAGCUGAUGUUUGGAUUUGGUGUUGAGGUGAAACAAAUUGCUGUAGUUAUUUUCCAAUUUUUACAUGCUGGGGGUAGUGGCGUGAUUGGAACCCAUGGAGUUUUUGAGUUCCUGGCAGGGAAGUACUUGGAACAAGUAACAUAAGCUUCCUCUCGACACUAGCGUGUUUGCCCAGUUCUAAAGCAAGGGACUCUAAUGUUGAUCGAAGCUAAUGUAUGACAUCUAUCUGGAAGGACCUUUUCUUUCCAAAAGAAUAUAAUUUUAAUUUUGUAGUCUUAAAUUCACUUUGUGAAUGAUUGUUUUGAGUGUUUAGCAACAAAUCAAAUAGCAUUCCUUAUCAAUGACGAUGUCCAGAAAGUGAGGAGAACAAGUCCAAGGUGUUGAUCAAACACAGCAACAAUGAUCAGCGACAAAAUGUAACACUUCUGCUCCUCCAGUGGCCGUGCUGAUUUAUCUGAUGAGUAGUUUGUCUGUACUGGUUAGAAAGGUGCCAAGUUCAGUCCCUAGAAUUAGCUAAUCUUCAGAUCACUGCAGUUGAUCUCCUGUCUGAAUUGGAAAGAGGAUUGGUCAGACUUCCCUGUCCUGAUCACUAUCCAGCAAUUUCCAUUCAAAUCUACCUGUUUGGAGAUCGGGCGAGAUUAGAAUCAGCGCAGAAGACGUGUAGUCAAAUAAUUUACCAACUUUCAGUUGUAGAGGGUCGCCAGUGAAUUAUGAUCCCUGUAUGAAGGAACCAGGGGAUGACUGGGUUCCAGAUAGCAGUAGCCGAACAAGGAAACGUUUUCAGGCAGAGGAGAAAGGAUAACAAAUAGUAUAAGAAAUCACCUCAUUACUUACUUCCAGCUUUUGUACAUUGUCUUUUUAAAAAUUAUAUGAUGGCAAAAGCGAUCAUCUUUCUCAGAUAUAAUUUUUACUCUUUUGGUUAACCUCUAACUUUCUCUCAUAGAAGAAUAAUAUCGGAUAAAAUACGGGUUCUGUCUGGUGCACCAGAUAGAACAGUUACUGAAAUACGGUAAUUUAUGGCCUUGCGUUCACACACCAACCUCUCCUUUCAGAGUCUGUCACCUGCAGAUGUAAACCUUUAUGAACUCAUUGAGGGUGAAAUUGAUUAUGGACAGUUGUGCAAAACAGGUGUCAGCGUAUCAGCAGCCUUCUUCAGGUCCCAUGCCUUUUACUCUUCCACUGACUUCACAUAACGUAAGGGCUGUGGUGGGCUGCAGUUUGUUAUUGUCUGUUUAGUACCAAUAUCCAGGACCAAUUUCAAACCAAUUGUGUUUUUUUUGUAAAUAAUUAGCCAUGUUCUUAAUUUUUCAUUCAAGUUUUAUAUCCACUUUGUAGAAAUAUGUUCACUGUGUAUAUAUAUAUUAUAUAAAUAUAUAUAUAUAUAUAUAUAUAUCUAUAUUAAGAAAUAAAUUUGUUUUGCUGCAAGUGACAUGUUAAGGUAUACCUUUUGGUAUGGUUUAAAACAAGGACAUCAUUGUUGACUGUGCUGAUGAACAUACCUGCAUGGCCUCUGGUGAUGGUGCAGCUACCUGCUUCCUGAUUUAUCAGGACAGAAUAUUUCCACAAUAAACUAAAAAAAUUUGUAUUGUAGAACAUGGAA